AGUAGGCCGGGUGAUUGGUGGUGGGAGCGCGUGGACUGUUUGGUGUUGGGGGAGACAGCAUUUGCCGCUCACCAGUUUCCAGAACCCGAACGUGAAGCAAGAAUCAUGCCGUCCUACAGCCAGGAACCUGAAGAUGCUCAGCGUGCCGCUAAGGCCCGUGGCUCGCACCUUCGCGUGCACUUUAAGCACUGCCGUGAGGUCAGCCACGCCAUCAAGGGCAUGCCCCUGAACAAGGCUAAGAGCUUCUUGCAGGCCGUGCUCGAGUACAAGCAGGCUGUGCCCUUCACGAAGUUCACGGGCGGCUGCGGCCGUCACGCUCAGGGCAAGCUCCGCGGUGCCGCUGGUGACAAGUGCAAGUGGCCCCAGAAGGCCACCAAGAUCAUUCUGGACCUUGUGAAGAACGCUGAGGCCAACGCCGAGGUUAAGGGCCUGGACACGGACCUGCUGUACAUCUCGCACGCUCAGGCCAACGCCGCCAUUAAGCAGCGCCGUCGCACUUACCGUGCUCACGGCCGCAUUGGCCCCUACAUGUCCAACCCGGCCCACAUUGAGCUGAUCCUGACGGAGAAGCGCGCUAACGUUGCCAAGGCCGUGGAGGAGGCCAAGCCCGUCAAGGUUUCCCGCAAGCGUCAGGCCCAGCUGCGCCUCAAGUCGGGUGGCGGUGUCCCGGCCAACUAAGUUGCUUUUUGACGCAUGGGAUAUCUCUUGGCUGGAAACACGAACGGUCAGUCGGGAACGAGCGACUGUAGACGCGAGGGGGUGGCAAAAAGUUUGCUAAAACUUUUUAAUACAGCCUUGCCGAGAAAUGGGUUCUACUGAUGCAGUGUAUGUUGCCAAGAGAGCAAGAGGGUUUUCCAGUUCGUCUUCAAUGGUGUGUCCACGCGUGGGUCGUUGUGGUUGGUUUGCUUGGUGCGUGCAGGUGCAGGUACAGGUUCGGCAGCGUCAGGACAGACGACAAUUUUAGGUUCGCCGGAUACGAGGCGCGUAGGAUGACAGCGGUGAGCUGUGGUUUGCUAGAGGGAUGAUUAUUGCCAGAACCAGCUAGUUCUGAAAACCGAAGAUAGCAAGUGGAUCCAAGCUUGCAAUCGAUGUCGUGCUGGGAAAUGGACUACCCAAACUUGCAGCGUACUCGGGUCUUGGAUGGUCAUCCACCACUUGGACGCACCACACGGAUCGAUCUCCUCUACGGACGUGACGAGACUGAUGUUGUGAAGAUGCAUUACGUGCUUGAAGUUUCCAUAGUGCAGGAGGUGCUGAGCUUGGUCGAGAUGCAAGUGUUGCUUCCUCUUCUGCAUUUUCGGCAUGAAGAACCCCACAGGCUCUUCGAUGUAAAGCCACUCGCUCCCUGUAGCCACGCUGUCAGCGUCACUUAUUGUACUGUCCUCAUCGCAUGUGUCAGUGUCGCUAUGUGCCGUCUUCUGUCUUGAUGGACACUGGGACGGAAAGCGCCGCCAAAUUGCUCCGGCACCGAGCAUCAGUAUAGCUGCUUCCUGAAGACUUGUUUGUACUGAAAUGCAUCUUGCCAAAUACAUCUCGCAACGUCACUUUGGUGCCGCUACUCAAAAAGCUCGAACACAUGGUGCUUAUCACUCAGAAAUAGACUUGGCAAUUCAUUGACCAUUGGUGCUGUUAACCAAUCUUAGCAACCCGAUGAGCAUCUUAAGCUACUCCGUCCACGAG